AUGGACGACGAAAGCAUAAUGGAUAACACACCCGAUGAGUCGGAUACUGAUUCCAUGCAAGUGACUGUGACUGGUGGUGCUUCCAGACCUCGAUCAGAACUCUCGCGACGUCAAAGCGAGGACGUGUCCAAACAAGGAGACAACAAGCAAGAGCCCGCCAUGAGCAUUGCAUUCCGACAGCAGAUUUCCGAAAUUGGAAUGUUCCUGGGCCGAAUGGACAAAAAGCGCGAGAACUCCGCCACAGUCGAAGGCAUUCGUGUCGUGCUUGUCGGAGAUGUACACGAACUUCCCAUCUUAGACGUUGGCACCGCUAUUGAUCUGUACUCCAAUGUCUACAAUUUCGCCAAGUCGAGCUGGGAGCCCCUCCUUGAGCCAUGGCAAGUUGGUUUCGGUGUUGCCAAGGAUCCUGUCUCGGGACUCAUGUCCAUUGAUGUUGCUUCGAAGAAGGUCUUUGAUGUGACUGUCACAACCGCUUCAAUCGCUCUGGCUUCCAAAUCAUUCCAGUUCCUGACAUCUGAUGAAGAUGUACUGGACAAGCCUCGUGGUGUUGAAGCACCAUACCGCAUCAGGAACUACACAGGCUUCGAUGUUCUCGUUCACUCUAAGAGCCCAACAAGCGAGGAGCCUAUUAACCUUCGCUUGAAAGAUGGCCAGGAAGCGCCUUGGAGCUUCGAGCAUUGGGAGAAGAUGCGUGAGAACUUGCUCACCGAGUCAAACCAGAACAAUGUCUCUAUUUCGUUGGAAGGCAGUGGUUUUGAUCCUGUCAAGAAUGUCAGACUCAACCGAGAGGGCGAGUACCUGUACGGUCUCCGCCCCAAGGCUGACGAUGUUCUCCACCGCCUUUGUGUUGAUGUCGAGUUAGGUACUGACAACAUCAAAUAUGUCACAUUCCGCUCUCCACUACACGUGGAAAAUGCCACCGAGAUUCCUGUUGAACUGGGUAUCUACGAUGCACAGGACGGCCAUCUUCUCAAGAUCGAAAAGAUUGCUCCUGGUGACUCUCGGCCCGCUCCGGUUGGCGCUGUCUUUGAGAAGCGUGUACUUAUUCGACCCGACAGUGGCUUUGGCUACCAAUGGAGCAACGACCAACUGUACUGGAGAGAUUUACUUAAGAGACCUACCAAGCAGGUGGUUUGCAAGGGAGAGAAUGGCGACCCGUUCUACUUCCAAGUACAUGCCCGUUUUGACAAGGCUAACCCAUUGACCAAACACUACCCAUACAUGAAGAUCAAACUGUCAGCACCCGUGACCCUCGAGAAUUUAUUGCCCUACGACUUCAAGUAUCGCAUAUAUGAUAAGGCGACCAAGAAAGACUGGACCAACUUUUUGCGAAAGGGUGGCGUUAGUCCGGUUCAUGUUGUUGAGCUCUCACACUUGCUUCUCCUUAGUAUCGACAUGCAAGAUACAGUGUUCAAAGCAAGCGACUUUUCCAUCAUCAACCCAGGAAACAAUGAAGAGUUCCGCAAGGAGGGUAGGAUUGUCGUCAAGGAUGAUCAGGGACUACCACUACACCUGUCGCUGCACUACCACAAGAUCCCUAACAGCGGCGGUGCGUUCAAGGUGACUGUGUACAGUCCUUAUGUUGUCUUGAACAAGACUGGUGUGGAUGUCCGAGUCCGAGCUAAGAGCUUUCUCCAACAAGCCAAGCCGGCAGCAGGUCAAUUCCCACUCAUGGAUACGUCGAACCAAGACCACCCCAAGGCUCUGCCUUUCAUGUUCUCCUUCGGCAAUGAUGAUCACCGUAACCGAGCCCUUCUCAAGAUCGCUGACUCGGAAUGGAGCAAGCCUCAGAGUUUUGAAGCCAUUGGAAGUACUACCGAGGUUGUGCUGAACUCGGCGACGAAAGACAAGGAGAUUCAUGUGGGUGUCACUGUCGAAUCGGGCGAGGGCAAGUACAAGCUCACCAAGGUUGUGACGCUUGCACCUCGAUUUGUUUUACACAACAAGAUAGAAGGAGAGAUUCUUGUCCGAGAGUCUAGUUCCUCUGGCUAUCUCACCUUGAGCGAUGGUGCCCUCCAGCCUUUGCACUUUAUGCAAAAGUCAAAGGUCAAGCAGUUGUGUUUGUGCUACCCUGGCGUGAACAACCAGUGGACUUCGCCUUUCAACAUUGCGGACAUUGGCACACACUAUGUCAAGAUUGCAAAGGCUGGACAGCGUCAGAAUCUUGUCAAGGUGGAAGUUCUUAUGGAGAACUCUACUGUCUUUGUGAACUUUAGCAUGGAGACAAAAUCUUGGCCCUACUCGGUACGCAACGAGAGUGACAUUGAGUUCAUGUUCUGGCAGGCCAACCCCAACAUUGAUGAGGAAGUCGAAGAUCGCAGCGGUUGGAGACAGAUCAGGUAUCGUCUUCCGCCACGAAGCGUCAUGCCCUAUGCAUGGGACUUCCCUGCCGCCAAAUUCCGAGAGAUCAUCAUCUCUGCAAAUGGCAAGGAGCGACAUGUCAAGCUGGCUGAGAUUGGCAACCAGAUUCCGAUGAAGUUCACCACGUCCACCGGCAACCAGAAGAUUGUCGACAUCAAUGUUGCUGCUGAUGGUCCGAAGCAGACGCUUAUCCUCAGCAACUUCCGUGCCAGCAAGAGUAUGUACAAGCCAAAAGCACUGUCAAGAACCAACACCGGUCCCGAGGCUUUCGAAGUCAAGGAUCAAGACACUGGUGCAACUUUCCGCGCCCAGCUCAAGUUGGCGGGUAUCGGUGUUUCUCUUGUCAACGCUCAGAUGAAGGAGCUUGCCUACUUGACAUUCCGAGACGUCCAACUACGAUACAGUGAUUCACCAUUAAUCCAGACAAUUUCCAUGGCCAUCAAGUGGAUACAGAUCGACAACCAGCUGUAUGGUGGCAUUUUCCCCAUGAUUCUCUACCCAACUGUCGUGCCGAAGAAGGCGCAGGAAGUAGAGGCUCACCCGUCGCUCCAUGCUAUGGUUAGUCGUGUCAAGGAUGACUCGUAUGGUGUCCUCUACGUCAAGUACGCAACAAUUCUGCUGCAGGAAAUGUCGGUUGAACUGGAUGAAGACUUUGUCUUUGCUCUUCUUGACUUUACCAACGUUCCAGGCGCUAGCUGGACAGAGGUUGACGAGUCAGGCAAGCUGUGCGAUGAAGACCUCGACAUUCCUGAGCCAUCAGGCCUACCAGCUGGAACAGACAUUUACUUCGAGGUGCUCAACAUCCAACCUAUGCAGCUUAACCUCAGUUUCAUGAGGACGGAACGAGUCAACGCUGAGGACAAGGCUUCCUCUCGCAACCCCAUUAUGUUUUUCCUCAACGUCAUGACCAUGGCUGUCGGAAACGUCAAUGAAGCGCCACUCAAGUUCAACGCGCUCAUCUUGGACAACGUCAGGGUGACCACGGCGGUACUCAUUCAGAAUUUCUCUAGUCACUACAGUCAAGAAGUCAUGUAUCAGAUUCACAAGAUUCUUGGAUCUGCCGACUUCCUCGGUAACCCAGUGGGUCUGUUCAAUAGCAUCUCGUCGGGUGUGACGGAUGUGUUCUACGAGCCGUACCAGGGUUUGAUCUUGUCGGAUAAGCCAGAAGAGUUUGGCCUGGGUAUUGCCAAGGGUGCUGCCUCGUUUGCGAAGAAGACAGUGUUUGGCUUCAGCGACAGUUUCUCCAAGUUUACAGGCAGUCUCAGCAAGGGACUUGCCGCAGCAUCGCUGGAUAAACAGUUCCAAGACCGCCGACGUAUCACAAGGGCUCGCAACAAGCCGAAGCACGCCUUGUACGGUGUCACUGCUGGCGCCAACAGCUUCAUCACUAGUGUUGCAUCGGGAGUGGGAGGUCUUGCACGCAAACCUUUGGAAGGUGCCGAAACAGAGGGUGCUCUGGGAUUCUUCAAGGGUGUCGGUAAGGGCUUUAUUGGACUGGCUACCAAACCUGCUGUCGGAGUACUAGACAUGGCCAGCAAUGUCAGUGAGGGCAUCCGCAAUACAACAACCGUGUUUGACCAAGAUGGAUUGGAUCGCACACGAUACCCACGAUACAUCCCACAAGAUGGCAUUGUGCGGCCGUACAACCCACGGGAAGCUCUCGGUCAAUAUUGGCUGAAGCAAGUGGACAACGGAAGAUAUUUUGAUGAACAGUACAUUGGACAUUUGGAGCUACCAAAGGAGGAUAUGGUGGUCAUGAUCACUUAUGCUCGUAUUCUGCUCAUCCGAUCGCGACGUCUUACCAGCGAGUGGGACGUGCCACUGAAGGAUGUCCAGACCAUUGCUAAGGAGAGGACUGGUGUGAGUUUGUCGCUAAGAGGAGGAGCAAAUGGACCCUUUAUCCCGAUUGGAGAGGGUAGUGAGAGAGGAUUCCUCUACAAGAUGAUUGGUGUUGCGGUUGAAGAGUUUAACAGGAGGUUCAGAAGUGGAGAGUAA